UGAUGAUUCUCACCUGGAUGCCAAUCAUGGUGUACCAGAUUCUUCGACGCACUCUCCCUAUUAUCCGUCUGGAUCUUCAGGGACUUCACACGCCUUGGCGACAAUCCCUUACCAUGGGGCCAACGAUAUAAGCAACUACAGCAACAACAGCAACAGUAGCACUGACAUGAUAUACGGUGACUACGCGGGCGAACGGUACUCUGAGCAUCCACUCGCACAUGGUGUUGUGUGGCAAACUGGAGGGCCUCGCCUGCCCGAUUAUGCGUCGGGUCCUGUUGACCAUUUUGACGAGCAUGCCGCAACAUGGAGCUACCACAUGACAGCACACGGGAGUGAACAGCAUCAUCCACAUCCACAGUGGCAAGAUGAUCAAGAUACCACGGCAGAGCCACUGCAGCUUCUUCCACAAGGACACGGCGUCGAUGCAGAGUUUCUCACACACGGGCAGCCAGCAGGCUAUGAAACUAAUGGCACGGAAAGGCCGAGAUAUCAGUGCGUUACCCCUGGUUGUAAGGCCAGGCCAUUCAAGCGCAUCGCAGAUUUGAACCGGCACACGCAGCAUACUCAUGCAGAUUCACCCCCUGAACGACUGGUCUGUGACUACAAGAGAUGCACCCGACACAAGGACCCGUUCACACGAAGGGACCACUACCGAGACCAUUACCGGACCUUCCAUAAAGAAGACAUUGAACGGCGUGGCGGCGAUGGCAUGGCACAGGAACCAAGUGUUAGUAAAAAGUGGUGGCGAUGUAGGAAAUGCCUUGAUCGAGUCGUCAUUGCCCAAAACGAAUGGCAGUGCCCUCGGUGUAAGGAGGACUGCGACUCCGACCGGCGCGCGCGGCGCGGGUUUCCGUGACCGACUGGGCAAGGAAAUAUGGCCAAACUGUUGAAAGACUCUUUCUCGCAAUGUCGUGGUCAGCUCUUGUUCAUGCUGCCUUGGCUCAUUUCUUAAAUUGCGCCAUCAUCACCGCUGUGUCUCUGCCUUGUCUUU